AUGAAGUUCAACACCGUCCUGACCACCGCCCUCCUGGCUGGCGCCGCCGUGGCCGCCCCCCUGACCGAGAAGCGCGCCGCUCGCCAGCGCGCCCGUAUGAACCGGCGUUCGUCGAACCGGUCCAGCAACCCGCCGUUCAAGCCCGGCACCAGCGAGGUGCUCAAGCUGACCAAGGAUACCUCGGUCGAGUAUAGUGAGAACUGGGCUGGCGCGGUGCUGAUCGGCACGGGCUACAACAGCGUGACUGCCGAGUUCACGGUGCCGACCCCGUCUGCGCCCAGCAGCAGCAGCUCCGGCAGCAGCGGCGGCCGCGGCGGCGGCGGCUCCUCUUCCUCCAGCGACGAGGAGUACUGCGCAUCCGCGUGGGUGGGCAUCGACGGCGACACCUGCGACACGGCCAUCCUGCAGACGGGCGUGGACUUUUGCGUGCAGGGCAGCUCUGUGUCCUUUGACGCCUGGUACGAGUGGUACCCGGACUACGCGUACGACUUUGACCUGACCAUCUCGGCGGGCGAUGUCGUCAAGGUGACCGUGGACGCAACCUCGGACACGGCGGGCACCGCGACGGUCGAGAACGUGUCGACCGGCGAGUCCGUCACCCACACCUUUUCGGGCGAGACCGACGGCUCCCUGUGCGAGUACAACGCCGAGUGGAUUGUCGAGGACUUUGAGGAGGGCGACUCCCUCGUUGCCUUUGCCGACUUUGGCACCGUCACCUUCUCCUCUGCCUCCGCCGGCACCACCUCUGGCGACACUGUUGGCCCGGCCGACGCCACCCUGAUCGAUAUCGAGCAGGACUCUGUCCUCACCUCCGUUUCCGUCACCGACGACUCCGUCACCGUCACCUACGUCUAG